GGUGGAAGUCAUGAGAUCAUAGGGGUUCUGGUGCGUAGCCCACAUUUUUUGGACGAUCUCGGUGGACCUCACACGACCGCAGCUUGGCAUGUCUUCGAUCUACUCCAUUGUUCCACUGGCCUAGUUCGUGAUCAUAGAACCAUGCUUCAACUUAUACGGGACAUUUGAAUAGUGUAGUAAUAGUGAGGGCUCUUGCAUGUAGUGAAGAAUAUAUGAUUGAUAGAAAUCAUCGGCCUCAUCUGCAUUUGACGUUCUAUCUCUACGAGACGCACUCACCGCCGAGGGGUCUAGACCUCGGCCACUCCGGCCUGUUCCCUAGGUCAGUGGGAGUACGAAGGAGUUUCUGCCACCAAGCUCUAGAUGAGGCAGGCUCUCCGGACUAUAACCAUGGAAAUGUCUCCUGCAGCUUGCCUUCCAGUACUUCCAUUACUGGGAAAUCUGACCGUAUGCGGUCAUUUCCGGCCGGACAGAGUUCAAUUGCAACAAAGACUGCACUCAAGUCAUGACGUUCUCACCCGUAAUCAGACAUGAGGCUGCACAGCAGUAUAAAAGCCAGUUAUAUUGGCUGAGGCGGGGUGUGAGAGUAGAUAUGCACGAAAGCUUCUGGCGAGAGCUGGCCAUUCACACAGCAAGAUGAAGUUUCUGAAACGCGGAGCUCGCGCUGAUCGCGCUGAGCACCCUGACUCGACGCCGGUGUACAGAUCCACUCAGAAGCAGCUCCCCAUGUUACAUCUGAAAGACACUGUGCGGAACAAUGUCAUUGCCGUCAUCGGAGAAUUCGUCGGAACCUUCCUGUUCUUGUUUUUCUCGUUCGCUGGCACUCAGGUGUCCAAUACGCCCAAGCCGGUGGAAGGUGCUCCGCCGAAUACAGCAAACUUGCUCUAUUCGUCCUUGUCGUUCGGGUUUUCCUUGAUGGUCAACGUCUGGGCCUUUUACCGCGUGACGGGCGGUCUCUUCAAUCCAGCAGUCACACUGGCGUUAUGCCUCGUGGGAGGCUUGUCUCCCAUUCGUGGAGUCCUCGUCUUCGCAGCUCAGAUCGUGGGUGGUAUCGCAUCGGCCGGUGUGGUCAGCGCACUGUUUCCGGGCGACUUGAAUGUCGCAACCCGUUUAGGAGGAGGAGCAUCCAUCUCCCAGGGGCUGUUCAUUGAGAUGUUCCUCACCGCGCAACUUGUCUUUGUGAUCAUCAUGUUGGCAGUGGUGAAACACAAGUCAACCUUCCUGGCCCCGGUCGGAAUUGGUCUAGUCUUCUUUGUCACGGAGAUGAUUGGUGACUACUAUACCGGCGGCUCCCUCAAUCCUGCUCGCUCUCUCGGCCCAGACGUCAUCAACCGCAGCUUCCCGGGUUACCACUGGAUUUACUGGGUCGGUCCAUUGCUUGGUUCCUUGCUGGCGUGCGGUUUCUUUGGUCUCCUGAGGAUGAUGGAAUACCAGACCGCCAAUCCGGGACAGGAUUAUAACGAGUGGGAAGCCAAGAACGGCCCCGGAUCCUGGGAUGCCACGAUGAACCGGCCGUCGGUCCAAUUCUCCGACUCGUCCACAUUAAACCGGGCGCAUUCGCCUAAUGGUCAUGGCGCGCAACCGCAACAUGUCAACGGUGCAGAGCAGGUUUAACCGCUAGCUGCCAGCCGAGCUGGAACCAGAUGAGCCAUGAAUCUUGCCAUUGGACUCGACGACGCUUUUUACGCUGAUGUUUUUGUUCAUCUGCCUGGGUGGCUGCUAUCUGCGGGAUAGCCAGGGCGACAUAGGAUCCUGAAGUUCAUUUUAUUUGUUAAUAAUGUGUAGUUACAUCGCAAGCAAGGAUUAAUAACUGUUGAGGGAAAGUCUCGGGUGGAAGGUUACAUACUAGUUAGUUAAAGGUGGUUGGGAAGGGUUUGAAGAGUCCCAUGCGCACGUCACGUUGGUCUCCUAACCAUUUUAGUCGAUAGUCUGUUCCAUUAGUUCUAAAUUAGAUCAACUCCGUUCUCACUGCAUAAUAAAAAGGAAAUUGUUUCCAGCUUCGAA